UAGGAAGGAAAGGUACUUUCCUUCGGGUUGAAGUCUUGGAGUGCGGUAUCUCCGAGCAAGUGUUGUUGAGGCUCGUGGGACUCGAGUUCUCAGGUUGUAACGGUUUGUUAAGCACCCGUAAGCUUAACGGAAGUAGUGUAGCUCGAGAGAGUCUCUCGGGAGGCUGGAUUAGCCACAAGUUGUGGUGAACCAGGGUAAAUUUGGUGUGUUCUUUCCUUAUGCUUUUUUAUUCCGCUCUUUACUUUAUCCCUGCGAUUUUUAUUCCGCAAAAAUUUAUAAACAUUCUCGUGCCUCACUAUUCACCCCUCCCCCCUCUAGUGAAGGGCACUUAUUCUAACAAUUGGUAUCGAAGCCUAACUCGCAUCCAAACUUAACCGUUUGAGAGUAAAGCGAUCAUGGGUUCUUCUUCUAGAAAUCUUUAUGCAGGAAUUGAAGAAGGUCAAUCAACUUCUAGGCCACCACUCUUUGAUGGUACCAACUACUCCUAUUGGAAGGAACGGAUGAUAAUCUAUAUCCGUUCCACCAACUUCCAAUUGUGGUUGGUGAUCAAGAAUGGCGAGGAAAUCCCCAUGAAGAAAGUGGUAGAAACCACGGUCCCAAAGACCGAGGACAAAUUUGAUGCCGAGGACAUCAAGAAGAUUGAGAAUUAUGCAAAGGCCAUCAAUAUGCUAUAUUGUGCGGUCAACCCUGAUGACUACCGAAAGAUCUCGUGUUGCACAACCGCCAAGGAGAUGUGGGAUAAACUUGAGGUGACGUACGAAGGAACGAACCAAGUACGUCAAGCCAAGAUCGACUUCCUCACCCAAGAGUAUGAGACGUUUAGAAUAAGACUUACACCGACAGGGAUCUUGACAUCCGAAUGGCGAUCCAAGGCCGAUGCCAUCUAUGAAUCAAUCGGCACAUCAAAUGUAACCAUUGACGGUCUAAGAGGUAAUCUAAAAACUUAUGAAUCUACUAUUCUUAACCCGUCUUUGAAUGACCAAAAGAAAGGGAUAGCAUUAAAAGCCGUCAAAGAAUCAACGAUGAAUGAUUCAAGUGACGAUGAUGAAGUGAAGCUUGUCAUGAAGAAGUUUUGUAAACUUCUAUGGAAGAAAGAGAAGGUUGAGGAUGGCCCUGUGUGCUAUGGAUGUGGUGAAGCCGGGCACAUCAAGAACAAAUGCCCGAGAAGCGGAAGGAAUGCUCGUCAAUUCAAAAGGCAAAGGGCAUAUAUCGCUUGGGGUGGCGACUCCGUCGACAAGUCAACCGACCAAGACGAAGAUGAAACUGCCAACCUCUGUCUCAUGGCACACGAAGACCAAACCGACGAUGUACAAGAGGUUGUGGCUCAACCACGGAUCGUCCCGGAGCGCUUCCCGGAGUUGCAAGGCUACGACGAUCUAGACGCGCAGCUUCACCAAGCCGGCCUUUGGUCGUUCGUCUCCCGGGCUCGGAAGGAGAUCAACCCGGCGCUGAUUCGGGUCUUUUACUCCAACCUCCGGCGUGAGGACGACGUGCUCUACUCUCUUGUCAAGAGCACGCCGAUUGAGCUUUCCGUUGAGCAGCUUGGGCGCAUCGUCGGCCUCCCCUACCAAGGCGACGAUGUCUCCCACUAUGGCGGAGAGGACUGGGUGCUCAACAACGAGGGCAUGAUCCUCAACGAGCUUGGCAUCACCGAGCUCAUCCCCCAUGCCUCGGGCCACCCCACCAUCCACUCCGCAAACCCCGAGAGCAGGCUUCUUCUCUACAUCGUGUCCCGAAUCAUCAAGCCCCGGAAGCAUGGGCACACGAUCAUGUCUGGUGAGGACCUCAAGCUCCUCCAUGCGAACAUGCACUCAGCGCCAAUCAAUUGGGCGAAGUUUGUCAUGAUCAACAUGACAGUCGCCGCAUCCACCAACCACGAUCACCUCCUCCCGUACCCGUUCGAGGUUAUGGACAUCCUUGAACAGUUCAAGGCCCGGGCCAACCUUGCCUCCAUCGCCGACUCCCUCAACCGGCUUCACUUCAAAGUUGACGGGAUGGAUGGCUACCUUGAGCGGCUCGACGAGGUUGUUCAACGCCAAGGGCACGCCAUGAACGCAUACUUCCAACGCGUCAACUACUUCCCCCCACCGUACCAAGGCACGUUCCUUAGGCAAGUGUACGGUGAUGAGGACGAAGAGGAUGGCUCCUAUGCCCCGUCAAGCUCCCCGGACGAGGACGAGUUCGAUGACACCGUUGACGGCGAUGAGAUGGACGUCGACGACGACGAGGAGGAAACCAAAGACGAAGACUAGGCCGCACCUAGAAUUUUUAUCUCUUCUUUCUUCAAUUGUCUUGUUUUUUUAUUAUUGCUUCCGUUGUACUCCGCUAUUUCCCAAUUUAAUAAAUAAAAUCAUCUUUUAUCUUUUUGUUAAUGUCAAAAGGGGGAAGAAAAGGGUUAUGCAUAC